GUUGACGCCUGGUCUAUCAGUUCGCAACGGUCGGUCAGCGCGUGAUCUUCAUUUUUCGAAUUUGCUAAUCAGUGUGACAAGGGGCGCGUAUGAACUUUGUUGUUUUUGUGACGAGAGUUGGAAGAGUUUAAGAAGAUCUCGUAUCAAAGUUUUUAUUAAGUGAUUCAUGAUUGGCACCACCACUGGCAGCUCGACCUCGCCGCUCGUCACCCAGAGUCGUCGUUCCAUCGCCGCUGAUAUCGAUCACCGUGUGGCCGACCGGUAUCACAAAUUGCUACCACCAUUCGGAGUGUACGGAAGUGUGUCGUAGUCGUCAACGUGAAGAAGAGCAACUAUGAAUUUUAAAUUGAUUGCAAUCUGCCGCCGGUUUGUGUGUGAACAGUGAACCGCCUCCAACCGAGACGCAGGAUUGGCACAGCUUUCGAGCGCAGAAGUGCGUGAAGUUUUUGCUACAGUGCAGUGGGUAGGCGGAUAUUUAUUUUCGCGGAUCGUGUGUUCGGCUCGCGGACAGUGAAAAGACCGCAACGAAGGUUAAGAACGAAACCGUUUCCAGUGUGUGUUGUUGAUAAGCUCAGGAUUGUGCAAACGGUUUCCAACUCAGGGACGACGAACUUGUGUCCCCCCUAGCUCGGUUACAUUACACGGUUUCCGCAUCAAUCGGAGCAAGAUGGUGUUAAAUCCGUUGAAGCAGAUGAUAAAAGCGGCGGAUCGAAUUCCCACCCGCCUCAACAUCGGAAUAAUGCUGUUCAUGUCCUGCUUCGUGAGUUACAUGCUGCGGGUAAACAUGUCAGUGAACCUUCUCGCGAUGGUCCAGCCGAUCCAAAAAAUGAAUCAACCAGCAGUUAAACCCAUGUUCAACGGUACCAAUGCAAAUGACACUUCAGCUACCAUGCCAAUGCCAACAGCUGCCGCCGUCCAUAACUACGGACCUCGCUACAACUGGUCAUCGCACGAUCAGAGUCUAAUAUUGGGCGCCUAUUUCUACGGAUAUCUGGUGACAUCGCUACCGGCUGGAGUCCUUGCCGAACGCUUCGGACCCCGGAAUUUGGUUGGCUCUACGUUGGCAGCUAGUGCACUUCUGACGGCGCUCACUCCUCUGGCGGCAACCUACGGAAUGUGGACAGUCGUAGUCAACCGGGCGGCGUUGGGAAUCUGCGGGGGUGUCCUGUAUCCAGCCCUGCACAACCUCGUCUCCCGAUGGGCCCCACCAGACGAGAAGGGCAAAUUCGUUUCGGCUUUGAUGGGAGGAACCUUCGGAACGGUUGUCACGUGGCCCCUGGUCGGUGUACUCAUCGAAACUUUCGGAUGGUCGUUCGCUUUCUACGUCCCGGCUGUGAUAACCGCUAUCGUCGUUGCAUUUUGGCUGAUCAUCGUGGCUGAUUCUCCGGCUAAACACCCACGAAUCAAGAAAGAAGAACAAGAUUACAUCAUCAAGUCUUUGGGAGAUACCAUUUCCAAGCAGAACCUGCUGCCACCGGUGUUGAAGAUGAUAACCUCUUUGCCGUUCCUUGCUCUGUUGGUGCUGCACUUCGGUAACCUGUGGGGAUUGUACUUCCUGCUGACAGCAGCACCCAAGUUCAUGAGUGAGGUUCUUGGAUUCAAACUUGCGAAGGCUGGAUUCCUCGCAGCUCUUCCGUAUCUUGCUCGAGCCUUGGCUGCAUUUGGAUUUGGAAGCAUAGGAGAUUACCUCAGAAAGAAAUCGGUCUUCAGUGUUACCACAAUACGCAAAUCAUUCUGUCUAUUCUCUCACAUAAUCCCCGGCCUGUUCCUCGUGGGGCUCAUCUAUGCUGGGUUCGAUCCGUACGUGUGCGUGGCCAUUAUCACCCUCUCGCUGGGUUUCAACGGUGCCUCCACCAUGACGAAUCUGCAAAACUCCCAGGACCUGGCGCCAAACUUUGCCGGCACCCUGUACGGAAUCAUCAAUUUUGUCGGAACGACAAGUGGUUUCAUUUCGCCUAUGCUGGUGGCACACUUCACAGCUGAUCGAAGUACCAUGGACGAGUGGCAGUACGUGUUUGCGAUUGGAGCAGCUGCCUACAUCAUUCCGGCCCUGGUCUUUGUCCUGUUUGGGUCCGCUGUGGUUCAGAAGUGGAACGAGCCCAAGCAGCAUGAAUCGAAGCAAACGACCAAACAAGUGCAAGAGACGUAUUGAGUCAGGCAGGCACCUCCUCAUCGUCUCUUGCCUCAGUGAUCCAGUAGCUACUUAGUGAGAGCUGGUUGAGGCUUUUCCAGCCUUAAGGCUUUCUCAUAUUUUCAUCUGUAAAUAUAGCUGAGUAAUGUAUGUAUUAGGAAACACACAUCUCAACGAAUCUCAUCUCUAAUGAUAGUCAACUAGCGAUUAAGUGAACCAACGAGAAGUAUUAUUAGCUAGGGCUGGUAAAGCUAUAAAUAUCACAAAUUGGUAUAUUAUUUUCUGUAUAUACAAACGACCCGGCACCUAAAUUAUGUAAUUCAGUGAAGCAAGUGAUAGUGGGCCGUUUUUAUGUAACGGUGUCGACCGUACGAGCUUUUAUGCUCAACCAAUGCGCGAAUCCCUGACCCACUGAGGCAAUACAAAUGGAAAUAAAUAUGCCAUUGCAGGACAGAUUCAAUGCAAGAAUAACUCA